CAUAUAAGAGGAAUACAAAAGAUUGAUCAACUAUCUGUCCGAAUAUUAAUAUUACAUAUCAAAAAUUGGUUUACUUACCACCCAACAUUUCUUCUAAGCUUCUUUGCUUUAUAAGAUCUAACGUGGACGAUUGUUAAAUUGGAGACGUUGUGUGAGUCGUAUCGUCAUGGUAACUAGAAACGAUGUGCCAGUUUGGUCUCGAGCAUUUAGCAGUUCAGAGUGGACAUCAGCGCCACCAGGUAGCGCUGAAGAUGAACCAGCAAGACUUCGACAACAGAAAAUUGAGCAUCAAAGACAACUAUUGGCCCAGAAGCAGAAGGAGAAGCGUCAGACACCAGGAAUGAUGCAAGCAUCUGAUACCAGACCUGUUUCUGGUAAGCCUCGCAAAGGAGCGGGGUGGGAAGAAUCCAAACCCCUCAUGGCUGGGUACAACGCGCAGAAGAACAACCAUGGAGUCCUUCAUUGUUAUGAUGGCCCCCUUCAGUACACAAUGACCGAAGACAACCCUGACGGCAUGACUAAUGUUCAAGUGGUGACGUCAGUUUCUCGACCGAAAGAUGACGUUGUAUCCGAUGAAGCACCUUCUGUGGGAACACUGGCUGAAUCAGGCCCAGAUAUUGCCAAAACAUCGUGGCUGGUACGAGAUUUCUCAACAAUUCCGAGCAAUGAAAAUCAGGAGGAGGUGAAUGUCGAAGAAGAUCAACCUCAGAACAAAGGUAUUGGAAAAAUGGAGGACCUACUCGACAACCUACCAGCGUUUGCCUUAGAGCCAUGUCUACAGGGGUUGACUGUCCAGUGUCGAAUUACAAGAGACAAAAAGGGGAUGGAUAGAGGUCUUUUUCCUACGUAUUUUCUGCAUCUGGAGAAGGAAGAUGGUAAAAAGGUGUUUCUCCUGGCAGCUCGUAAGAGGAAGAAAAGUGCAACCUCUAAUUAUCUGAUUUCUGUUGAUCCGACAGACUUGUCUCGAGGUGGGGAUUCUUUCGUUGGCAAACUCAGGUCCAACUUAUUGGGAACAUCUUUUACUGUGUUCGACAACGGAGCUGGCCCCAAGGGGGGAAAUAUUAUGGGUACCCGAGCAAACACGCGUUGUGAGAUCGCUGCUGUAAUAUAUGAAACUAAUGUGCUUGGAUUUAAAGGGCCUAGAAAAAUGACGGUUAUCCUACCGGCGAUGACAAGUGAACACAAGAGAGUAGAAAUGCAACCUAUAUCAGAGAGUGAUAGUUUGAUAGAAAGAUGGCGGAACAAGAACAUGGAAAACCUACUGGAUCUACAUAACAAAACACCAGUUUGGAAUGACGAUACUCAGUCUUAUGUCUUGAACUUUCAUGGCCGUGUAACACAAGCAUCGGUUAAGAACUUUCAAAUUGUUCACGACAACGAUGUGGAUUAUAUUGUAAUGCAGUUUGGUCGGGUGGCGGAAGACGUCUUCACCAUGGACUACAGUUUCCCUAUGUGUGCUCUUCAAGCCUUUGCCAUUGCUCUCUCCAGCUUUGACAGCAAAUUAGCCUGUGAAUAAGUUACUUGGGAAAAUGCUGUACCCUUCACGAUGGAGCUAUCGAUUACCCACACUAGUCUCACUCUUGCACGUUUAUUGUUUGUAUAUUUAUAAUCUAUAUACAUAUACAUCUGUAUAGAUUUAUAUAUAUUUAUACCAAGAUACACGCUAUUGUUUUGUUCCUUGUCUGUACACCAACUAGCGAUGUUCCAAAAAGUUAUUUAUGAUGUUCCUAAAUAUAUUGCGAGUUAACAUAAUUUUAUGUGCACUUUUUUUUAUUGAAAAUAACAGUUCCAUGGUCAGUCCCAAAACUGUGCACAUCUCCACUGAAGUUAUAUAGUUGCCCAGAUGAUUUUAUCAUAUUGGAGAUAUACCUGAACCUGACUAGUAUUCAUAUCAAAAGUGCUUAUUUCCUGUAAAUGAAUUUUAGCUUAAUAGAAAGUCUAUCUCUUAUCUCUGCUUUCUUAUUUAUAUACUGCACAAUGUUCCGUUUGGGUGAAGAUACACAUUUAAAUGUUUAACACAUUUCGAUACCAGACAUCUUAAUACCAACGUACGUUGUGAGCUUUUAACUAAUUAUACGGACUCAGCCGUUAUGUAUUCACUGUCCAUGUUGGUGUCUUGGAACAUGAAGUUUUAGCUCAAAUAGCAGAAUUAUCAGAACCACAGGAGAAAGUAAAUCCUAAAUUGUGGUUGACUUAAGACUUUCUUAAAUUUUUUUCUAAUUCGUAGUGUCAAACACCAUAUUUGUGUUUUAUAAAUAGAACAUUUAUAAGUAGAACAUUAUUGCAACACCCAGUAUAUAUAUAUAUAUAUAUAUACUGUCAAGCUUUUGCUAAAGUAUUUUACUUAUUUCAUUAUUGAUUUUCUUUUUCAUAUGACUUGUUUCUGUAUGAUCUGAAAUGAGAUCAGUAAGGUUAUGUGGGUGGCAUCGUUUGACCUAUCUAUGACUUCAAACAGCUCAUCAUCCUAAUUAUCCUAAAACUCCACUGAACCAAAAGUCUGUUAAUCUUUUAAUACCCUGGAACGUUUUUCCUGCGACUUAAACUCUUAGGUAAACGCAAAAAAAACAACAAAAAACAUGCAGUAAAGACAAAUUUUCGUGCUAGAGUACUAAAUUUCUAACAGAACAGAUGACAUCAAGUAUGCUAUUAAAGAUCAAAUAGAAGCAUUAAAAAGGGUUUUCUAGAACGGGAGUUCUCAAACUAAUUUUUUAAAACUUGAACAACUUGCGAUAUUCCGAUUUCCAGGCAUGCACAAAAGAGAGAGGAUACAUUUCAUGCUAGGAGAACACUGUUCUUAGCGUAUGAAUCAUUUUCAAACUAAAAAGAUGGAGAUCUGUAAAACUACAAACCGUUCGUGACCCUCUUGAGAUCCCUCUGGUGGUGGUGGCCCACAACUUGAGAAUACCUAUCCCAGCUUAAAAAGAAACUUAUAUGGUUUUACAUAAAGUUUAACGUCUUGCUACUUCCCAGGUGCUUAAAUGGUUAUAUAUUCAUUUGUUCAAACGUCUACAGAAUCUACAAUUUGAUUAGGUUUAUAUCUUACAUUUGUGAUUUAACAUUGUAUUCAAUUACUGAAGUGCAUCUUAACAAAGAGAGGCAAGUAAAUUUAACCUUUUGAGUUUAUCUAAAGCCCAGUUUAGCUACUGUAUACCAGUUCUCAGUUUUGUUUCAGUUGUUAAUCUUCAACCAGAUUAUCGAGGAUCCUGGCUUAAUUACUCCUUACCCUAAGGCCCUAAACCUUUUAUUUUACUUUUUUAAAUAAUUUUUCAAUUUUCGUUUUGAACUGUAAAACAUAUCCCGAUCUUUCGCACUAAGUUAUGAUGUCAACUGUUUGUUUCGUAAAAGUGAUCGGAAUAGUAGACUCUGCACGUAACGGAAUGAACUCAAUAUAGGCCUAGUGAAAACACUAGGACUCAGAUUAUACACCUUGAAUAAUAUAUAUAAAUAUUACUGUGUUGUCAAGGGCCCUUCAAAAGCUUUUAGCAGACUCAACUGUUUUUAUUUGUGAACUUACACCUAUCAUUUGGUGAAGCUUAGAAUAAAACUAACCUAUCAAUAAUCCUGCUUAGAAUAAAACUAACCUAUCAAUAAUCCUGCUUAGAAUAAAACUAACCUAUCAAUAAUCCUGCUUAGAAUAAAAAUCAAUUAUCAGUAACCCUGCUUAGAAUAAACAUGAACUAUCAGUAAACCUGUUUAGAAUAAAAAUUAACUAUCAGUAAUCCUGCUCAGAAUACAAAUGAAGUAUUAGUAAUCCUGCUCAGAAUACAAAUGAAUUAUCACUAAUCCUGCUCAAAAUAAAAAUUAACUAUCAGUAAUCCUGCUCAAAAUAAAAAUUAACUAUCAGUAAUCCUGCUUAUAAUAGAAAUGAAUUAUCAGUAAUCCUGCUUAUAAUAGACAUGAACUAUCAGCAAUCCUGCUCAGAAUAAAAAUGAACUAUCAGUAAUCCUGCUUAAAAUAAACAUUGACUAAUAACUGAUAAAAAAGACGAAUUCUCAAUAAUAUUUGCUCAGAAUAAACACUAAAAAUUGACUAUAAAUCGUUUGAUGUUCAAAUUUGUUAUUUUCUCAAUGUAUUAACUACAUUUUCAAUUAACUUACCAUAGAUUAGAUCAGUUUUUUGUUUUUGAUAAUUUUAAUAAUAUUUCAGAACAUUUUUUUGCUGACAUAUUUAAGUGUAGAAUAAUUCUACUCUAUAAUAUGGCCACCAGGUUUAGUAUCCGCAAAAAAAAAUAAAAAAA